AUGUGUGCGCAAAAGAGAGAGAGGGAGAGGGAGAAAGAAGACAGAGGGAGGAAUAAAAUAAAAAUAAAAAGACUACUGGGACGAUUCAAGCACAAUGGAGUUGAAAUUCCAUGGGGGUUAUACCAUGGGGGGGAAGCUAAGGAAGGAAAAGGAAGGCAGAAAGUAAGUCGCAAAGUGGAUAAUGGAGAAUUAGCAGAAAGGAGUAAAGGGACAGAGACAAAAGAGCGAGAGAGAGAACAGGAACAGGAACAGGGACAGGCACAGGAACCAGACAAGGCCCAGUGUCAAGAGUCAGUGGUUAAACUGUAUGGGGAGAGAGGUAUGAGACAAAGUGCUGAUGAUGCCGGCGAUGACGAAGAGCCAGAUCAAGCAAUCUAA